GGACUAGCAGGUGUGCAGUGAAUCUUGAACUUGACUUGGACCGCUUGCUUGCUGUUCCCUGCUGUGCCUGCGGGGGGCGCUCCAGCUCCCAGCAGGGGCCGGAGAGCCGCAGCGGCAGCAGCGGCAGCAACGGGAGGAUCCAGUCCACUCUCCAUGUUGAGACGGAGCAAGUUGUGUGUCCGCGUCCAGCCGCCUGCCCCCCUCAGCCCGGGCUCCUCACAGACCCCACGCCAUGAAGCGGUGCCAGAGCAGCGGGCUGCCAAGGAGCCGCUGAAAACUACUGCAUGUGCGCCGCCCUGACCGACACACAGUGAGACAGGCUGCUCCAACCAAGGCUUCUGGAUGCGGUGUGUGCCGCGGCUCAGGUGAAAGAGGACGAGCAGGUUGUCAGGAUGAAGGAGGAGAACUUGUUCCACCGGAGGUUUUCUCUGUGCCCUAAUGCCACCUCCCCGCCAAAAAUCGACCCCCGUGCCCUCACCCGAAACCUGUCCUACGGAGGAGACAAUGACCUCUACCACCUCAGCCCAGGCAGUGAGCCAGACAGGGAUGGUCUCUCCAUGCUGAGUAAUGAGCUCAGUCCUGCCCAGUCACCGAGCAGCAAGUCUGAGUCCAGAAUGUUCAAUGGUGUGGAGAAGGAUUGCCCCUCCCCCACGGAGAAGCUGGCCCGGAAGGAGUCUCUCAAGCUCCAGAAACAGAAUUACAGACAGGAGAAGAAACGGGCAGCCAAAGAACUGUUCAGCGCUCUAAAGGACCCCAGUGUCGUCAUCAUGUCAAACUGGCUAAAGAUCCGUGGCUCUUUGAAGAGCUGGACCAAGCUGUGGUGUGCCCUGAAGCCUGGGGUACUUUUGAUCUAUAAGACCCCCAAAACCGACCACUGGGUGGGCACCGUCCUGCUCAACGCAUGCAAGCUGAUCGAGAGGCCCUCCAAAAAGGAUGGCUUCUGCUUCAAGCUGUACCACCCUUUGGACAAAUCCAUCUGGGCUGUCAAGGGUCCCAAAGGAGAGAACGUUGGCUCCAUCACGCAGCCUCUACCCAGCAACUACCUGAUCUUCAGAGCUGCCUCUGAAUCUGAUGGCCGGUGCUGGAUGGAUGCUCUGGAGUUGGCUCUCAGCUGCUCCAGUCUCUACAAGCUGACAGCCAAAGCAGGCAGAGAGGGAGACAUCAGCACCUCCUCAGAGUCCUCCCAUAUUCUCAACCUGCUGCAGUCGUCCGACACAGAGCUGCUGCAGUUUAAUGACUCUGUGCUGCUGGGCAACCACCACAUGGAGCAUGACGGCUUCUCGGACAAAUCAGAGCGUGAGGCUCACGAGGACUGGGACGCCGUGGCCAAUGAGAACAGUGGCAGGCUGACGGAGGAGAGCGACAUGGACCAAUCAGACGAGCUGUCCCCGGGGCCACAGGCCACGGCCUACGUAGAGCAGGGCCCUGAGGAGAUGGCAGAGGCUGGGGAGUCGUCCCAGGUGGAGACUGUGUCUGAGGAGAACAAGGGUCUGAUCUGGACUCUGCUCAAGCAGCUGCGGCCCGGCAUGGACUUGUCCAAGGUGGUGCUGCCCACCUUCAUCCUGGAGCCACGCUCCUUCCUAGACAAGCUGUCUGACUACUACUACCAUGCUGACCUGCUCUCACAAGCUGCACUGGAGGAGAGCGCAUAUGGUCGGAUCAAACAGGUGCUGCGAUGGUACCUGUCUGGCUUCUACAAGAAGCCCAAGGGUCUAAAGAAGCCUUACAACCCCAUCCUGGGGGAGACGUUUCGCUGCUGCUGGCUUCACCCUCAGACUGACAGCUGUACUUUCUACAUAGCUGAACAGGUGUCUCACCAUCCGCCCAUCUCUGCCUUCUACGUCUGCAAUAAAAAGGAUGGUUUUUCCAUCAGCGGAAGCAUCCUGGCCAAGUCCAAAUUCUAUGGUAACUCUCUGUCAGCCAUCCUGGACGGGAAAGCCAGGCUGCUGUUCCUGAGCAGGGAUGAGGAGUACGUCAUCACAAUGCCCUACGCUCACUGCAAAGGUAUCCUAUAUGGCACCAUGACACUAGAGCUGGGUGGGAAGAUAAGCAUCGAGUGUGAGAAAACAAAAUGUGCUGCAGAGCUGGAGUUCAAACUGAAGCCUUUCCUUGGAGGCUCCUGCUCCGUGAAUCAGAUCAGUGGGAAGAUCCAUGUGGGCGAGGAGCUGCUGGCCACCGUUGAUGGACACUGGGACAGCGAGGUGUUCAUCCACGAGAAGCGUUCGGGGCAGCAGGAGACGCUGUGGAACCCGAGCCCAGAAGUGCGCAACCACCGCCUGAAGAGACAGGUGGUGCAGCUGGACCAGCAGGGAGAGUUUGAGUCUGAGAGACUGUGGCGACAUGUGACCAGCGCCAUCAUGGAUCGGGACCAGAACCGGGCCACCCAGGAGAAGUUUGUCCUGGAGGACGCUCAGAGGAAGGAGGCCAGGGAGCGAGGAGACAAACCGUGGUGCCCGCGGCUUUUCCAUCAGGACCCCGUGACCUCGGACUGGACCUACAAGCACAUAGAUUUGCGGCCGUGGGACCCCGAGUGCUGCCUGGUGCAGUUUGAGAAGGACGGGGUGAUCCAGACCCACGAGAGAAGCCAGAGACGACACAACGGACUCUCCUACAGCCACAGCUGGGCCAGCCAGCAGAAGUCUGAGGUGAACGGGAAGCGCAGGAAGGCCAGCAGCCAGCCGUCCAGCUGCAGCCAGAACACCGAGAGCAGCAGCACGACUCCAGAACCCACACACGAGUCCUCAGACAACGAGGCCUUCCCAAACCAGUGUGCACGGUGCAAUAAGGAGGUGAAGGAUAUUGCCUUGAUUGAGGCCUCCAUCACUUCCAUACAGAAGACACAGCAGGACAUCCAGAGGAACCUGGUGGCUCUGAGCCGUCAGCUGGCUCGCCAGAGGGCGGCGGACGACGGCAUGUCGCUGACGGGCCGCCACUGCCUCAUCCUGUGCGUUCUGCUCCUCUCCCAGCUCCUCCUCAACUACGUGUUCACUUGAAGCCGCUCCUCCCCGGGGAGGAGUUUUCCCUCCGGCACUGAUCGAGCAUCAGAUCUCGUCCACAAACACAGACUCUCAUCGGCAGAGACUUCAGAUCAGUGUCGCGAGGGCGACUCUGUCCCGUUUCCCCUCGAGAGGGGAGCAGCUCGGACACCAUAGCAAUAAAACACAACCACAGCCACCGCCUGUCAGUCAUCUGCAGAGAGGAACGGCGCCCCCUAGUGUAGCCAGACUGAAACAACACCGGCACCCACGCACUUUGGACAGGAAAGGAGGGAUGAGAGAACAGAUAGAUGAGCUGUGCGAUGUUGAAUGAUUUUUCCAAAAAGAACAACAGGAAGGAUGUUCCACCAUUCCUUAUGUAACGGACGUGUCUUUUUAUAAACACCCUGCAAUACUGUUGGUGUGUGUGUGUGUGUGUGUGUGUGUGUGUGUGUGUGUGCGCGUGUGCGUGUGUGUGUGUUCGUACUUAUAGUAGGCCCUAUGGGCGCAAAUAGAUCACCAUGUGGACUUUUCCCACUCCCCUUCCACUCAAGAUUUUGGGCCUUAACGCUAAAGCCAAAAGAGAAAAAAAAAAAAAGCAGAGAGAAAAUUGUGACAAACACAAAUGAAGAAGGAACAAAAGCAUCUUCCAACAGUGCAAUUCUGUCUAUUUUGUAUAGAUGUGCGCUCCAAUUCACUCUGUCUCGUCUUUUAGUAAUAAUGAUGAUGAUCUUACCAAAACAGUAUUUAUAAUCUGAGAGGACAGAGUACUUGUUUACAGGGUGUGUGUGUGUCUCUAAUGGCACAUUAGGAAGGAAGGAUGAGGCAGAGCAGAGAGCCAAACAGAGUGUCUUUGUAUUCGUGUGCCUGGGUAACAGUACAGCACUGCUUUGGUCUAGACCAUGACACUAGUGUGUACAAUCAAGUUAUAUUUAGGAACCACGGGUGGAGGAAAGGACAGAUGGGACGAAUGCUUAGAAAUUAGAGGAAAGGAUGAGUUUGAUGAGCCUGGACAGACCGCUGCAGAAAGCCUACCAGAAGGGCGUCUCGGUCCACACCAUUUUAAGAUCGACUGUUUCAAGAUGUAAACACUUAGUAAUGAGUUUUCAUUUGAUUCGAUUUUUUUUUCUUUUUUCUUUUUUUUUUUAAAUCAUUGUAUCAAUUUGUACAUAUUCAUCCGGAGCACAUUCAUAUACAGUCUGUGUUUCCAGAAGAGAUUUCAGAAUGUAUUUAUUGGGUGAAUAACCUUGCUUUCCUGAUCUAAUUCAGCCUGGAAGACGGAGGCCAGGGGUGACAAUCGCUCUCGCAGGGUUGUGUGCGUUCGUGUGUGUGUGUGCGUGUGUAUGUGUGUUUAUCAUUGUCCUUAAGUGUGUCCGUCUGCCUUUACAUGUGCGUCUGUGUGCGAGCGUGAGUGAGUCAGUGCGUUUUGUGCGUAACAGAGCCAGGUCUGUGAUCCUGGUUUUUACCCUUACAUUUCAGUCGGGCAUGAGGAUCCAAAUCAAAAAGUCACUCGGAUGGUCCGUUGCCAGUGUUGAUUUACCCAAAGGGAGAGAGAAGGGGAGCACAAGAAGGAUGUCGACUCUUUGAAUGCUUUUAUUCACCCUUUUGUUUAUUCUUAUACUUCAUCCCCCACCCCCAUUUUGUACUCUACUGCCAUGUUGUGGGUAUUCUACACGCCAGAUGUUUGUCAUAUGAAAAAAUACAAUGAAGAACAUGAUAUUGCCUAAUGUUUUUGUUCAUACCUGUUGCAUACUGUAGCACUACAGUAAAAAGACAUUUUAACCCUGA